UGCACUGUUCCAACGCAAUUACAUUAAUUACAUAAAAAUCGGAAAAGUGCGAAUCGGACUUGCGCUCGAAUGGUUCGGUAUCGGACACGAGCAAAAAAUCACAUUUGUUAUAUGAGAACCACCUUUAAAUAUUUGUAUAAUUUUUAUUUAAUUAAUUAUUUUUUUAAGUUACUAUAUAAAUACAUAUUUUGUAAAUAUUUCAAACGUGCAGACGUUUAUAUUUUUUACUUGUUUUUGCUCCAACAGGCAGCUGUUGGAGCAAAAACAAGUAAAAAAUAUCACGUUUGUUGAAUGGGAGCCCUUUUAAAUAUUUAUUUUAUUCUGAUUUAUUAAAUUUGUUAUCGAAGCGACAACAGAAACACAUCAUCUGUGAAAAUAUCAAUUAUCUAACUUUCAUGGUUCAUGAGAUACAGCCUGGUGACAGACAGAUAGCUAAAUCUUAGUAAUAGGAUUCCCGUUUUACACUUUGGGUACGGAACACUAAAAAAACAAAUUCACAAUCUCCUUUAUUGAAGUGGUUGAAGGGAUGGAAAAAUGACAGAAUUUAUUGUAUCGUAUUUAAGAUAAAAAUCUAAGUUGUUCUGGUAUCUCGUCUCCGUCUCUUUGAUUACUUUAGCCAAUUCUCGUUUCCAAUUUAAAUACGCAUCUUAAAGGUUUCUAAAAUAAGAUUCUAUAUUCUUGUAUAGGUAUUUCUGAAGAUAUCUUCUAUUAGAGUUUAAUUUACCACAGUUCGGUCGAAAUUCAAAGUUUUCUAUUUCAUUGUUACAGAGGGAUUUUACUUCAGAACCAAAGGAGAUACGGAGAAGCUAUCAAAAGUUUCGAGAGAGCAAUUUAUUUCAGACCUUCUAUGGCUUGUAAGUAUUACGAUUGUUAUAAUUAAUUAUAAAUAAGUUUAUAUUUAUAUUUUUUUGGUUAUAAUUAUAUGAGAUUUUACACCAGAGCGGCUUCGCACGCGAAGACUAUCAUUAUUUACUUCCAUAAAAACUUUCAACCCGUAUUUCACCUCCUUUGGAUUAGAAUUUCCACAAAUAAUGAAACAAUUUUUUCAUAUUUGUAAUGAGAAGCCCAAAACAAUUUUUUUAUGUUUAUUACUUCCAAAAUGACGAACUUCCAUACAAACUUUCAACCCCAUUAGGAGUUGAGUAAUCCAUUCUUAAUGAGCAACCCUUUACACUAAAUAACUUUAUUGUUUCUACUAUUUAAGUCAUUUCAGUGCUACUUUAUUCAUUUAAUUUUCAAAAAGUCUAUAUUAUGAUUUUUCGGUAACAAAUUUUAUUUUUUUCUUUCCAUUCGAGCGGUACAGCCAUCACAAAGGCUGGGGUCUACAUCGAGCCUUGUGUACAAUACUGACAUUAACUUUCAGUGGCCUAUGUCAAUUUGGGCACAUCCCUUAUGGCGGAUGGGCGAUUAGCUGAAGCGGCUAGUGCGCUUCGUGCCGGCUCCAGGGCAGAAGGAGUAAGAGUACGUGACCGGCGCGAGCAUGAAUCAGCGCGAGUGUCUGCCCUUGUGCAACUAGCGGCGUUGCAUUCUCAACGGGGGCACUGGCACAAAGCGCUGUCAGCGUACAAAGAAGCGCUGCAAAUACUCCCGGACACGAACGCACCUAUUGUCGGAUGGACAAGACAUGUAAGUUUUCAAAGUUAUUAUAUAUUAUACUAGCUUUCCGUCAGCAGCUUCGCCCACGUGGUCUUGUAUUAUACAUAUAAACACUCCUUUUGAAUCACCCUAUCUAUGAAAAAGAAACACAUUAAAAUCCGUUGCGUAGUUGUAAAGAUUUAAGCAUACAUAGGGACAGAGGAAGUGACUUUUUAUUAUUUUUACUAUUUUUUUUGUCUGUUUGAUCCGGCUAAUUUCUGAAACGCCUGGACCGAUUUUGAUGGAACUUUUACUUACUGAUUAGCUUAUGUAACAGGUGGUAACUUAGGCUAAUUUCUAAGCAGACGAAGUCGUGGGCACAACUUGUGGAAAAUAUAGGAAUGACUGUGACGAGAUAAAAAAUUGCAUUAGUCAAACGUUGCAUAGCAUUGUCCAGUACAUAAAGAAAUGUUGCAAAUAAAACUAUAAUAUAUGCAUGCCUUGAAUAUUAUGCAUACGAUAUCAAGGGUAAUCUAAAAUUAUAAAAUAUAAAGUUAUAAGCCUAAGUUUUUUAGUCCUUUAAGGCCAAUAAAUCAGAAUUUAAAGUUAAAAUUCAAUAUAUCUUGUAUUUCAUGUAUUAGUUUAGAUAAAACAACAACAUUGUUAAGAUUAAUCGAGACAAAUAUCAUCUAAGUAUCAUGUUUAUAUUGCUACCAUUCUUUCAAUAAAACAUAUUAUUAUUAUAUAUUGUAGAAAGAUCACAUACAAGAAUGAUCUCUCUUAUCGCCCUCGCUCAACGUGCUAUCGAUGGCUGGGGAAAUUUAUGUACUGCUUCAACAGUGGCCUCAAGCUGAACACAGCAUAUUAUCGGCGCUGGCAAUGGCACCGAACCACGUGGGAACACACGUCACACUAGCGCAAAUACUAGCUAGAAACACGAGUAGAUCAAUAGAAGCGGAGAUGUGGUUCAAGAAAGCAGUAACGUUAGCACCAAACGAUCCAUCAGUGCGGGAUCAAUUUGGUAUGUUUCUAAGAUCGCAGCAUCGACUACGCGAAUCAGCAGAACAAUUAGUGGUUGCAGCGCAACUAGCGCCAACUGACGGCACAAGAGCAGCGUCCGCAGCGCGAGCGUUGCGAGAUGCGCGGCGCUGUCGAUCCGCUGAGCGCUGGUACGCGAAAGCUGUACAACUGAAACCAGAGAUGAAAAGGAUAAGAACUUGGAUGUUGAAAUAUGAAGGUGCAAUAUUGCACCUCAACGGAAAAUAUGCCGCGGCGGCGUCAUCAUAUCGGCGUGCUCUACAGCUGCAACCGAACGAUGACGUCACGGUCACCAACCUGAAGAGGGUCAGGGCACUAAUGAGCAAGCAACGAAGGAAAUAA